AUGAAUACAGUAUUCUUAGGUGCUUCCAAAGGUAUUGGUUAUUUCACACUGUUAAAUUUACUUCAGAAUGAUAGAUCAACAAAAGCAAUUUGUUUACUUCGUAAACCUGAUUUAUUCAACGCCGAUGCUAGAUUGCAACCUUUCAUCGAAGAAGGAAGAAUCACAAUUGUUAAAGGUGAUGCUACCAACGAAGACGAUAUUAGAAAGUUGUUCCAAGGAGGUAAUGUUGAUUUGGUAGUUUCUUCAAUCGGUGGAGCACCAAAAAUUACUUGGACAGGAUUCAGUAUCGAUCAACCUCACUUGUGUACUCAUGGUUCAAUUGCUUUAUUGCAUGUUCUACAAUCGUUGAACCAACCUACACUCCCUCGGGUUAUCGUAAUUAGUUCAAUGGGUAUCGGAUCAGCUCACGACGAUAUGUAUACGUCAAUGAAGCUGUUGUAUCAUUAUACUCUAGAAGUACCACAUCAAGACAAAAUGUCCCUUGAAUACUUGUUCCAUAAGGCCUCCGUGUCUCUACCCAAUAUGGUAUCACCUAGAGAUAUUCCACCAAAAACUCUUUUAUCCCAAGAAAAUAUCGAUUCCAUCAAGGAGAAUUUCUUGCCAGAAGUCAUCAUCGUUAGACCAGCUGCUUUCUUCAGCUCAGAUGAGACUAUGGCUCCAAAAGAGAAAGUCAGAGUAGAGGAAAAAUUGAAGACUUAUUCCAUCAAAAGGACCGAAGUUGCUAGAUUUAUCGCCGAAGAUUGUAUUCCUGGAAAUCAAACUUGGGUAAACAAAUGUCCUGUUAUUGGAUAUUAG